GCGUCUUGGUUGUCUAAUAGAAAAAAACACUAUAAAUAUGACAUAACCUCCAAGCAUUUGGUCGGCUAUAGAUACAUAUUCUAAUUAAGGAAAUUAAACCAGUGAUUAAAAAUGCAUUUGGAAGCCAGUGUUGUGUUCAUAACAACAAUUAUUUAUUAUGUGUCUUCAAUUAUUAAAGGGUUGGAAGCAAUUUCUAGUGUUGGGUUACCACCCAAUUGGGCUUUAGCUACUAUCAACCGGUCUAGUUUCCCUAAUGAUUUUACUUUUGGUUCUGCCUCUUCUUCAUUUCAGAAUGAGGGUGGAGCAAAUGAGGAUGGUAGAGCUCCAAGUAUAUGGGAUAUUUUUGCUCGAAGACAUCCUGACAGGAUUGCUGAUCACAGUAAUGCGGUUAUGGCCACCGAUAGUUAUCAUCGUUACAAGGAGGAUGUGAAGAUGUUAAGGCAAAUGAGCAUGGAUGCAUACAGUUUCUCAAUCUCAUGGUCUCGAGUUAUACCACUUGGGAAAAUAAGCAGCGGUGUUAAUGAGCAUGGAAUUUCAUACUACAAUAAUCUCAUAAACGAAUUACGCUCAAAUAAUAUUGAACCCUUUGUUACUCUAUUUCACUGGGAUCUGCCUCAAGCUCUUGAAGAAGAAUACGGUGGCUUCUUGAGUUCCCGUGUUGUCAAUGAUUUUCGUGAUUUUGCUGAGCUUUGUUUUCGAAGAUUUGGUGAUCGGGUCAAGUACUGGAUCACCCUAAACGAGCCAUGGAGCUAUAGCGUUGGAGGUUAUGAAAAAGGCUACUAUGCCCCUGGCCGGUGUUCGCACUUCGCCGGUAACUGUUCGGCUGGUGAUUCAGGAAUCGAGCCGUAUAUUGUUGCUCAUAAUCUGCUUCUUUCCCACGCUUCAGCCGUUAAGUUGUACCAUGACAUUUACAAGGGACCUCAAAAGGGCAAGAUUGGAAUUUCACUCGUGACACGGUGGAUGGUACCAUUCUCUGAUGAGAAAUUACAUCGUGACGCUGCACUUCGCGCUAUUGAUUUUGAGUUUGGUUGGUUUAUGAAUCCAUUAACGUUUGGGGAAUACCCUGAGUCUAUGCGAAUCAACGUCGUGAAUAGAUUACCGCGAUUCACAACAGAAGAAUCGUACACGUUGAGGAACUCACUAGAUUUCCUUGGAUUAAACUACUUCACCGCAAAUUAUGUUCAACAUGUUUCUGAGGCUGUAACUGAUAACAUGACUCGAUCUUCCGAUGUUCAAGCUCAUUUAUCAAUUGAAAGGAAUGGAGUUCCAAUUGGUGCCAAGGGCGGGACAGAGGGUCUUCGAUCUUACCCACAAGGGCUGCAUGAUCUUCUCGUAUACAUCAAGAACAAUUACAACAAUCCCACAAUUUAUAUUACAGAAAAUGGAGUUGACGAGACUAGCAAUUCAUCGUUAUCCCUUCGAACGGUUCUCCAAGACGAUUUCAGGGUUCAAUACUACGUCGGACAUCUCCAAAAGCUUCUACAAGCUAUCAAGGGUGAAUGUGAAAGGAUACUUUGCAUGGUCGUUAUUGGACAACUUUCAAUGGGAACGUGGCUAUGCAGUUCGCUUUGGGCUACAUUUUGUAGAUUAUGGGAACGAGUUGAGACGAUAUCCAAAGUUUUCAUCCACUUGGUUCACCAAUUUCUUGCGCAUUCGAGGCUAGAAACCAGAAGACUAAAUUUUCUUUUAUUUCUCUUUAAAUAAGAGAUGGAUAUCCUAUUAAGGUUACCAAUGAAAAUCAACAAGAAUAAUGAAUUAAACUUUGUUUAUUGUUACAUAACCGCUUAUUACAUAGUUUUAACCUUA